AUGCUGGGACUGGAACACCUCCCGGACGAGCUCUUCACAGCCUACAUUAUCCCCCACCUGACCUACGAGGACUGCCUUCGGCUCAAGCAGGUGUCUCGUCGGUAUUAUAAGCAUGAUGGGCUCUGGGAAAAGUGUUGGAAGGACGUCUACCACGAGCAGCUCCAGAUUGAUAGCCGGCAGCUCAUGUGGUAUCUCGAUCACACGCGGCCCCGUUUAACAGUGUUCCAACAAGUCUUUGUCAAGGCUGCUCAGAUGGGCCAUCUCAACGUGCUCAAAGAAACCUGGCGGCGCUGGUCCACGCACACUUCUCCCAACGAAUUUCUGCUCAUGCUCACAAUCCAGGUCGCCACGCGACAUGCGUGUGCUUCCGGUCGCGUCUCGACCAUGCGCUGGCUGCUUGACCAUUUCCGGGAGCAGGUCGACAACUACGGUGUCAUGGACAAUUGGGACUUUGUUUGCGCGUCUGGUAAUGUCACAGCGCUCAAGCUCUGGAUGGAGUACCAUCAGCUUGACCAGGACUCGCUGGCUCUGCGCAACUGGUUUCCUCUCAUGGCGGCUGCCAACCGAAACCGGGUGGCUGUGGUCAAGUACCUGCUGGACAAAUUUGAGGUGGAGCCCGAGGUCUUUGCUUUUAUCUUUCAACACACUCUUCGUACCCUGGUCCAGCGUGGGAAUACCAUGGUGCUGGAGCUCUUGCUUCAAAGAGCAGGGGGAGUUUCGCUCGACUUUUUUGGCCGCACUACCCAAGGUGUAUCCAAUAUCCUUCUCUACUGCGUCAAUCAUCAAGCGCUGGACGCCAUGCGUUUAUUCCAUGCUCUCUAUCGAAUCAACCACGACGAAUUUUUGCUUGAAAAUUGCCACUUGCUGCAGCGGUGCAUGGCCAAGCCGUCGCUUCGCAUGAUUCAAUUCUUUGUGGAGGACCUUGCGCUUCCAGUCGAGGUGUGGCAACGCUCCAUUGUGCGAACAGCUUCUGCAGCUCACGCGGACGACGGAGCCUCCGACUCGGAAGAGGAAACGACGACGCUGCUCGAGAUGCUUCGCCAGCAGGCUCAUACCCACGCACACGUGUACAGCUAUGUGCGCUCAUUCCUGGAUAGCGGUGUGCGUGCCGAGCUCCAAGAGCAGCAACAGCAAGCGCUGGCCGAAGGCAAUGCGGCCCUGGCUCCACCCCGGCGCCCGCGCUUACCGAGGCAAGUGGAUGCUCGAGGCCGGGAAGAUGAAGACUUGGAGGAGGAGCACGACGUGCCAGAGCAUGAAGAUGCCGAAGAGGCCGAGCGGGAGGAUGACAUUGUAGACGAGGCCAGCAGUGAGCGUGCCCGUCGUCGCCGUCAUUCGGACGCCGCUUGUCCAUCAGAAAAACGCACAAAGCAUCGUUGA